AUGGCCUCCGAGGUGGCCGCGCGCCGCGACGCCAAGACGCUGGUGCGCUCGCCCAGCGGCCUCCGCAUGGUGCCUGCGCACCGCGGCCUCGCCAGCCCCUUCGGCCUGGAGGAGCCGCCGUGGGUCCCGGACAAGGAGUGCCCCCGGUGCAUGCAGUGCGACGCCAAGUUCGACUUUCUCACCAGGAAGCACCACUGUCGCCGCUGCGGGAAGUGCUUCUGUGACAAGUGCUGCGGCCGGAAGGUGCCCCUGCGGCGCAUGUGCUUCGUGGACCCCGUGCGCCAGUGCGCGCGCUGCGCCCUCGUGUCCCUGCGCGAGGCCGACUUCUACGACACGCAGCUCAAGGUGCUGCUGAGCGGAGCCGCCUUCCUCGUGACGCUGGGGGGCGCGCGGCCGGAGCCCAUGGUCUGCCGACUGUCCAGCGACCAGAGGUUCCUGCUGCUGGACGGGGACCGCCACCGCGAGCUGGAGGUCGCGCGCAUCGCCGGGGUGCAGGUCCUCGCCGAGGGCGGCCCCGCCGCAGGAGGCAGCGCCCGGGCCACCGGCAUGUCCCUGCAGUACGUGGCGCGGGGCGCGGAGGACGUGGCCCAGCUGAGGCUGGCAGCCCGGGAGGACUCGAGCACCGGCAGGAGGCAGUCGACCGCGUGGCUGGUGGCCAUGCACAAGGCCGCCAAGCUCCUGUGCGAGUCUCGGGACCAGUGACCGCGGCGCCCUGCAGGCCCUGCCCGGAGCAGCUGGCCGCCAACGCUCCACAGCUUCAGGCUUCAGGGUUUGCGCCUGCCCGGGCCUGGGCGGACAGACCACCCGCUCUGCUGCCGGGCACGCUGGCCUCUGUGGGCACCACCUGCUGGCGCCCCAUCUCCCCAGGGCUGUGCACCGCGGCCCGAUGCUGGCCCGGGACAGGCCUCCGCUGGCCACUGCAGGGAAGAGCUGGUCAUGCGUUUUAUACUUUUCACUUAGUAUUUCACUUUAUUAAAAUAACUGUAUAACAAUUUGUAUAUAAACCUUGCGAUUCAAUCUCUUCUGGAAGCACAGCCCGCCCUCGCUCGUGGGCUGCGCGGCGCUGGGGGAGCACCUUGUUGUGCAUGUACAGGCGCGGGCAGGCACCCCAGCUGCGUGGCCUGCGCCGUCCACACGACCGCACACGGCGC